AUGUCCUGCUGUGGAGGGAAGGCUUAUGACCCCAGCAGUGGCAAGGUGAAGUGCUGUGCAGGGACUGUACAACCUGCAGGUUCAGGACAGGCUCUCAGAGGAGACCCAUUGCUGUGGGAGUGUCCUGAUGGAGGCCGGCUCCACCCAGACCUGCUGCUCUGCCCCAGGGCUAGACCUGCUCUACCCUACCCAGCCAGGUUUCAGCUUCUGUGGGCACCGCUACCCCAACUCCUCCCUGUGGUCUUGCUGCGCGGGGGUCCUGCACCCAAGGCCUGAACCACACACCACCAGCAAGAACAUGAUUGCAGGUCCGUGGGAACAGGAUACAAUCCGAACUUGA